AUGGAAGAACAAGAGCCACAUAUAUUCUUGCGGCACGAGGCCCCCGAUUUCCAUGCUUAUUGUCAGUUUACAUCAUUUGAGCAUUCGACCUGCUUGAUAUCCCUCAGCGACUGGCAUAAUGACGAGUUGCUCGUACUGCUAGUGCUACUCAAAACCUCAACCUGCUCAUCUACCAUCGCCGUUGCGCAACGCCAAACCGUAUGUCUUUCUCUUGGAUCGGUCCCACCGUCGUUCAACUGGCCAAAAGAGAGUCCCGGUCACAUUAGCCAUGAGUGCGAGAUUCGGCCUAGUAGGAUGGAGCACAAGGUACAUCUUGUGCACACCGGGGGUCUUUCAGAGAACAUCAAGUCGGUAAAGUCUUUCCGCCUUUUGAUGCAAAGAUCAUUUCCGCAUACCUGUGGCCGCCUGUGUAGCCUUUCUUGUAUGCGAAUACCAUCAUCUCGUAACCUUUGA